AUGGGAGGAGUCGCACUGGACGACGGCAGCUGUAAGGUGAAAGCACCUGACGGUGGCUGGGGGUGGGUCGUGCUUUUCGGCUGCUUCGUCAUCACGGGUUUCUCGUACGCCUUCCCCAAAGCCGUCAGUGUCUUCUUCAAGGAGCUUAUCCGCGAGUUUGGCGUGGGGUACAGCGACACCGCCUGGAUCUCCUCCAUCCUGUUAGCCAUGCUCUAUGGAACAGGUCCUUUGUGCAGCGUGAUGGUGAACAGAUUUGGCUGCAGACCUGUCAUGAUGGUGGGGGGACUGUUUGCCUCUCUGGGGAUGAUCUUAGCCUCGUUCGCCACCAGUAUCAUACACAUUUACCUGUGUGUCGGGGUCAUCACAGGCUUGGGCCUGGCCCUGAACUUCCAGCCCUCCCUGAUCAUGCUGAACCGCUACUUCAGCGAGAAGCGCCCGCUGGCCAACGGCCUGGCCGCCGCGGGCAGCCCAGUAGCCCUGUGCGCCCUGUCCCCCAUGCGCCAGGUCCUCCAGUACCAGUACGGCUGGAGGGGCGGCUUCCUCAUACUAGGGGGGCUACUGCUGAACUGCUGCGCGUGUGGCGCUCUUAUGCGGCCUCUCACGGCCCCCAAAAAGCCGGCGGGCGAGCUGGCGAUCGAAGAGGGCGCUUCGUCGUCGGAGGAGACGAAGAAGCCGAAGCCCAAAGCCAAGCUGCUGGACUUCACGGUGUUCAAGGACCGCGGCUUCCUGAUCUACGCCGUGGCGGCCACCAUCAUGGUCCUGGGGCUGUUCGUGGCGCCGGUGUUCGUGGUGAGCUACGCCAAGGACCUCAAGUACGAGGACAACAAGUCGGCGCUGCUGCUGACCAUCCUGGGCAUGAUCGUCAUCUUCGCGCGGCCCACGUGCGGCCUCAUCGCCGGGCACCGGUGGGUGCGCCCGCGCUGCGUCUACCUCUUCAGCUUCGCCAUGCUCUUCAACGGCACCACCGUCCUGGUGGGCGCGCUGUCCAAGGACUACGGCUCGCUGGUGGUCUUCUGCAUCUUCUUCGGCAUCUCGUACGGCAUGGUGGGCGCGCUGCAGUUGGAGGUGCUCAUGACGAUCGUCGGCACGGAGAAGUUCUCCAGCGCCAUCGGCCUCGUGCUCCUGAUGGAGGCCAUGGCUGUGCUGGUGGGGCCGCCCUCUGCAGGAAAACUUCUUGACGCCACCAAAGACUACAAAAACGUGUUCCUGCUCGCCGGCUCCGAGGUGGUGCUGGCUGCGGUGGUGCUGGCCACGUGCAACUUCCUGUUCAUCAAGAGGCCGGCGCAGGAACAGGAUGCCAAGCUGGAGAACGGCAACGCCGCCACAGAGAUGGAGCAGCUCAACAAGCUCGAGCAGGAAUUGGUGGUGGAGGAGGAGGAGGAGGCCCCGCACCCCAGCCGGCUACACCUGGAUGAGGAGGGGGAAGAAGACGGUUAUCUAGGGGAUGAUGAGGGGGAGGAUUGA